ACCGGCACGAAAAACACCGGCUUUUGCAAGACUGCGGAAGGCACGUUUCUUGCUCUCUCGGUACCUCCUUGGAUCGCUUUCUUAUCUUUUCAAGACACAAUUGUCCAGCUAGUCGACUUCUUGAGGAACUGGAAGCUGUGAAGGUCAGUUGUGAAGGAAUUUGAGGCAAAUUUUGCGCCGCGUCGUCUGAAAAUUGUAGCAAAAUCUGGCUACGAGCAUGGACAGUCCGUCUGGGUGAGUGACCGGUAUCUUCUUGGUCGGACAGAGAGUAUUUUGCAGAGACAGAAAAACAGCCUUUUCUUGGCGAAUUCUUCGCAGAUUUUCACGUCUAAAGCCUGCCAGCUUUCUUCACGACACUGUGGAGUCAGUCCAACACCACCUCAAGCAUGCUUGUGGGCAAGCGGAUCGCGAAAAGAUCAAUCGUCGGUAGUCGAGUGUGUGUGCCCGGCAAGGAUGGCUACCUCCACCCGGGGGUGAUCCGGGCCACGAAGUCGGACUCACCCGGGCCGGGGGACGCUACAGCCUACUCUGUGGCCUUAGACACAGGAGAAAUCGUCGAGUUAACCGAGGAGAAGCUGGUGGGUUGCGGGUUUCGCGGCAUGGGAGGGCUCCGGCUCGAGCCCGGCCAGCGGGUGUUCCUCACCCACCACGGGCGGGAGGUAAGCGGCUCGGUCACCGAGCACCAGGCGGAGAAACUAGCGGUGAUCGUGCAGCUUGCCGACCGGGACCAGGCCACCGGGAGGCCCGUGGUGGUCCAGCGGAGGGUCGAGGACUUGCGCCUGCUGGAGAGCCGAAAGUCGGCCCGCCUCGUGGACCAUCAAGACCGGGACUUCGCCAAGCUCGCCGACCCGGCCCCGCAAAGCGACCGAAAACGCGGCGUUUCUCACAACAUCGAUGUCCCCAAGAAAGACAGAAAAACGAGUGAGGAGUUUGACAUGGAUGAGUGCAUGGCAGCCAUGAUCCUGACCAGCCUCUCCUGCAGUCCUGUCUGCAGACAAGCUUCAGACGACAGCUCUGUAAGCUCUGGUACAUCAGGAGAGAAGCCGCCCAUGAGCCCUCAGCACUGGCCAGAGGGUCUGCUGUCCUCCAGCCUGAACAGCAGCAGUGGUGCCAGCAGUAUCAGCACACUCAGCAUGCGAUCCUCACCCUCCCCCCCGCACAACCCCCCACACCCCCCGCAGAACACAACACCCCCUCCACCAUUCGGCACCCCCCCUGUGGACGAGGGGAUCGAUCUUGGGGAGAGCCACGACUUCUUCUUGGAGGGAAGAUCGCCCAGGAAGCGAAAGAGCUCAGUGAAGACCCUGUUUAAGUGCACGUGGCCGGGAUGUGGGAAGACCCUCAGCACGUGUUCAGGCAUCGAGAGACACGUCCGCUCCGCACACCUCGGGCCGAAAGACUCAGGAGAUGACGGUGACUGCAGUGACCACGAGGAAGAGUUUUACUACACAGAGAUCGAGGUUUCUGUGGACACGGUGGCCGACACGUUCGCCAACAUGUGCGCGGCGUCCCCGCCCCUCAGGCAGCUGUCCCCACCCCCCGUACACACCCCCGUACACGCCGUGGAGAUGGCGCGACCCCCACACGAGGACCACAUGUACUUCCAGCUCCCCCCCACAGGGAAAGUGGUACAGGCUGUUAUUACUUCACAGGGUGCAGCUGCCCCCAUGACCAUUCCAGUCCCACCAGCCAGCGCCUUCUCAUGGCAGCAGAGUAACUCUCUCCCGAGUUCACCGGUCCUGCCAAUCUCCCCUACUCCGAUUUCUCCACCAUUCCGUCAGCGCUCCAACAGUGCGUCUGCCCGGCAGCAGCAGCAUCAGGCCAUGUCCCCCAAAACCGCCGGCAGCGCGCCGUUUCCCCGUAAGAUGCGCAGCGAGGGGAAGAAGUGCCGGAAGGUCUACGGCAUGGAGAACCGAGACCUGUGGUGCACACAGUGCCGCUGGAAGAAGGCCUGUUCGCGAUUCCUCGACUAGCUACGCAGCGUUCUUUUCUUGAGGAACAGAACUAGAUUUUGAGAGAAAAAAGGCAGUAAUUUUAGUCUCCACCAGACUUCUUUGCAGGCUGAGUGAAUUUAUUACAGUAGAAAUCGGGCCUAAAAAGGAUGUAGCUAGGUAGGGGAGUUGGCCAGCCGAAAAGGGGCCAGUUUGCCUGUAUAGAAAACGGGACCUUCUUUGGCCUCUACUAGUUAUUCAGCUUGCAAAGGAGUCUGCUGGAGACUACAGUUAUGGGCUGUUUUUGUAAAUAGUUUUGUAUAAAAUGUUUGAGGGAACAAGACAAGAGAAACCUUUUUAUUGUCUUCCAGAAAGGAAGUUUUGUAGGAUUUGAAGGACUGUGAGUUCGCUUUACUGGUAAAUUGUAAAAAGUUUGAUGAGUACUUUUGCUGAUCAGAUAUUUCAUUGUGAAAAUAUACU